GUACUCCAUCCUCUGCGACUCUUCCAUGGACUUCAGCGUGAUAGUUCAAGUAUACCUCCAUAAUGACUACACUAAACCCAUGCAUGUUUCUCCAACCACAGAACAUUCCCCCAAUAUCAGUGACGUCAAAGGCAAAAGUGUUGAACGGUAGGGAUGAAGACGCAUACAUCACAACUUUGACCUUUCCCACCUAAAGACCCAUAUAUAUUCACAUGGUCUGGGCGAGAAAACCAAAUAUAAUGACCCUUAGCCUUCUUCAUUAGAUGGACUUGUUUCACGCCAUCUCCCAAACUAUAGACAACGUCCUCACCUGUGACUGGUACGACUCUUUUCAAAAGUUGAAUCCAUCCGGUGGCGAGUCAAGUUCAAGACGCCAGAGUGACAGUGCUAUUUCCUCUGCAGUUUCAGGUGGUUUCAAUCAGAGCAUUAAGCACAGAGCAGCCAGCAUGUCCAGCAACAAGGAGAAAUUGAUGGAUACUGAGCCCGGUGGGGAGACUACUCAAUACGAGUCCAUCAAGACCGUGACCAAUCCCUCGGACAAGGAUCAAGGGCAAUUAGGUUCCGGAUCCAACAAAUCGGAAGGUGCUGCCACGUCAUCUCAAGAUGGCCAACGCACUGCCGAUAAUAUCAGAUACGGCCAGAAUAUCUCCGAGUCAGGCAUGGGCGGUAAAACCACCACUUCAACAGGCACUGCCAACCAGGACGGUGGUUAUGGGGGAACAGCAGACCAACCCAGCGACCAGAAGAAUACACGCAGAGAGCAAGGGUAUGGUCCUGGUUCCGGGAUCGGUGCUUAAGGUCUUGCCAGUUUAGCUUUAAAGUCCAGCCACAGCGCCUGCAACACUGCUGUAAUCGAAGUCCACCAUAGUUAUAAUGCCAGAUUCAAG